AUGACCCUCAGUCAUGCCUUCGUCCAAGGCCAUGGAACAAAGCGCCUCAGAGACGACGUCUCGACCGGCUUUUUCGACGCUGAAUCCCUCCUGCCCGUGUCGCAGAAACGCGCCCGCCCCGACCUGGUCUAUACCAACGACGUGAACCCCUCGUCAUACCUUGUGCCCGCCUACAAUCCUCUGGCCCUGUACAACAGAUCGCCGGACACCGACUUUGCCCUAUAUCACCCACAUCUCGCAUCCACGCAUCCGAACCCUCAGCCGCAAUUCGAGUCCGCCCACGCCCACGCCCACGCCCACGCACACCUUGCAUCGCUGUCUGUCGCCCAAUACCAGCAGCAGCCCUCGUACUGGGGCCUGCCUGUACAGCGCCUGCCCCAGCAACACCCUCAACCACACCACCAUCUGCCGUCGCAACCUCAUCUCCAGUCGGCCUUCCAGCCUCAGCCUCAGCCUCAGCCACAGUCACUACCCCAAACUCCCCAGCAAUACUACACUAUGCCUGCCGAUCACGUGCAAAAUGCCUCAUAUAACAGCGAUUGGUGGCAGCCCCGCCCAAGUCCAAGCAACAGUGUGCUCGAAGCCUGGAACCACCAGGUCGAGGAGCCGUGCGUCUACGGUACUGAUGCUAGUUCACACCUCAAGUUGCAGAGUCUAGCCACGCUCGACAAUCUCAUCAUUCUUAAUCUUGCCAAGGGCUCGUUGAAUGACAUCCUGCUGCUCACCGCAGGUCGGGACCACGAAGGAAGUCAAGCCUACUUCACAAGACGAACCCUGUUCGAUCAAACCCGCAAGGUCUAUGCCAAGAAUGCUGUCUUUAUCGAUAUGCACACCCUGCCUGCCUUUACUGCUUCACAACAGGAAGUCGUGCGCAAGGCAAACCGCGCAAUCUUCAUUUCAAGCAUCCUCGAAGGCCACGACAUUAGCUUCUUCGACCUGGAUUCUCGUUUCAUCGACACCUUUGUUUGUCCUGGCCAGCGUCUACUCAAGUGGCAGGGCACCAUCUUCCUCGAAUUGAAAACACAAGCGUACAUUGCCGCUAUCAUGAACAACGACGGCCCAUCAGAAUCAUUACUGGAUGAGCUGUUUCCUAACGACUUGGCCGACCAACUCUUGUCUCGUCAUCCAGAUGCUCCGAACCUCGCACCUAGCGAACAGGACUUUCUCGACAGAGCCCGCGCUAGAAAACAAUACCUCUUUGACGAACCCUCUUACGACGCGUAUAGCACCCUGCCUCGAAAAUAUGGUUGGCACGAUUUCCUGCGGGAGUUCGCCGUGGCGCUCAGCAAGAACGCACGUACCCCUGUCAGUCAGCCUGGAGUCAUAUCUCCAUCAUUCCGAGCAGGAGGCCGUGGAACGCCGUCAUCGGGCAGGUUUGGAAGCUUGAGCAGUCCGAUAGUCGGAGCUCAAGACGCAAGCAAUGGUCUUGGAGGUCAUGACGGCUUACUAUCUGAAAACGCUCAACGACAAGCCUCACCACAACAAACAGUUCAAGGAACACCCGAGAUUGGUCAGUCCAAGUCUUCACCAAAAGCACGCUCAAAGCCGAGGACUGGAGGUAGCGCUACUCAACGGCAGCCUUGGAAACAAGAAGAAGAGGACGCGCUAAUGGCCGGUCUGACCGAAGUCAAAGGUCCCCACUGGUCACAGAUUCUCAGCUUGUAUGGCCGUGGCGGCAGUAUCAGCGAGGUGCUCAAAGACCGUAACCAGAUCCAACUCAAGGAUAAGGCUCGCAACCUCAAGCUGUACUACCUCAAGAUGGGCAAGGAAGUACCCGAAUGUCUACGAGGUUUGACAGACGACGACGGGCCCCCAUCAAAGAAGGGCUCAAGAUCCGGUACACCACUCGAUCCGUCGCUGAAGGCAUAA